GGUUGUCACUUUCAGGUGGCGCAGCGACCCAAUCAUCCCCUGUCUUUUACCAGACCACAAAAACCCUAAAUUCUCGACAUCUCUUUCUCCUCCGUUGGUUCAAAUCUUCUACCUCAAGUGUUUGAUCUCCGCUGAUCUUACGAAAGUUCAUCCCUUUUUCAUCUUGAGAAUCUCAGACAUCGAGAGAAGAUGUCAACUCCGGCAAGGAAGAGACUUAUGAGAGAUUUCAAGAGGUUGCAGCAAGAUCCUCCUGCUGGAAUUAGUGGUGCUCCUCAAGACAACAACAUCUUGCACUGGAACGCUGUUAUCUUUGGUCCGGAUGAUACACCUUGGGAUGGAGGUACUUUUAAGUUGACCCUUCAGUUUACAGAGGAUUAUCCAAACAAACCACCAACUGUUCGUUUUGUUUCUCGGAUGUUUCAUCCCAAUAUCUAUGCAGAUGGAAGUAUUUGUCUUGAUAUCCUACAGAACCAAUGGAGUCCUAUUUAUGAUGUUGCAGCAAUCCUUACAUCUAUCCAGUCACUCCUCUGUGAUCCAAACCCGAACUCACCUGCAAACUCAGAAGCUGCCCGCUUAUUCAGCGAGAACAAGCGAGAAUACAACAGACGGGUUAAGGAGAUUGUGGAACAGAGUUGGACCGCCGAUUAAUAAGCUAUCGGUACUCAAAUCUUCUGCGCUCAGAUUUUAUUACAUUUGAAGAAGUGGAGGUGAUCAAACUGGUAAAAACGAGCUGACAUUAAUCAGUUUUCUAUAAUCAGUUGUUUCAUUAUGCCUUCAAUUCAAUAUAUAUGUACUGUAAUAAUGUUUGGAUAAAUCGCAUAUAUUUUCUGAAUUGUUGUUCAAUUGGUAUCUUUGUUUGUAAGUCUCUCCGAUUCAAUAUAGUAUAUGGAUAUGGAUUCUAUA